AUGAAAAAGUCUACCGUCAAGAGUCUUAAAAGCAAAGGAAAACUGCUGAGCAAUGUAAAAUCAAAGAAUAAGGCGCUCAAAAACCCUUCAAAGGCAAAGUCAAAGUUGGCCAGCAGCAGCGGCGGCAGUAAGUCAGCGGUGAAGUCCACAAAAAAGCUGCUGCAUGGCAAGUCUAGUUUGGCCUCUAAAGGCUCCAAAGCUCAAAGUAAAUCGAAAGCAAGAGCGAAAGGAAGUAGCCUCUCUGGACAUGAGUCGAAGCAGACCUCCAAGUCAAAGGUGAAGCAAAAGUCGACGGUGAAGAUCAAGCAGCAGGGCAAGUCAACGACGAAACAACAAAACAAGGGGGCGUCAAGUGCUGUCCUGGUGAAGAAGGCUUUGGGUGGCCAGGCGAGCCCCUCAGACCAGUCAAAGUCGACGGUGUCAGUUGAGAGCACUGGCGGAAAGAGCUCACCUGACAAAACACAGCCUCCAGCAAAGAAGCCCAUUUCGACUGAAUCGACGCUCUCCAAGUCAUCACCGAGCAGUUCUGCACCGAGGCCCUCCUCUUCACAAGCAAUCAAACCGUCGGCCAGCAAAGCUCGCUUCAAGUCGCUCACCCGCAACUCGGCCAUCUACCGCAGCCCCGAGUCGUACCGAUCCGAAUCGGCUCUGCUGCCCUUUGAGCCGUUUAUCGGCCCACACAUUGUGAUCCACCACGUUGACGACCUCGAUGCGGUGACCACAGUGGCACUGGAGUAUCUCGGAGGACGUGGCAAAGGAAACGGGGUCACUUCUCCGUCCUCUUCUACCUCCUCUUCACCCUCUUCUCCGAUGGCCACCGUUUCUCAAGCUCUUUCAUCGUCGGCAGCACCACCGCCCCCUCUAUUACCGCCAAUACCAACUCUGCCAUCACCGGCAUCAUCAGCACCUGCAUCAGCACCACAACGGGCGCCGCUUAAUGCGACUCUCUCAAUGAUCGCCUGCUCUGGUGCGUCCUUGCUUGACUCGGCGGGCAAUGCUGUACCUCCACCGAGGCAGGAAAGUCUCGGCGGUACGGCCAUGGUCACCGAAGGAGGAGCAGGUGUCAGUGGUCCUCAGGUCAGUGGUGGCGGUCAGCAACAGUCACAACAACAGCAACAGGCGGCCAUUCCCAGCGGCAACGGCGUCGCCGAGUCGCUGGAGCUCUCAGCCGGCGCCUCCAUGCUCACGCAGCAGGAGAAGGUGCCGCCGCCGCGACAGGAAAGUCUCGGCGGCUCUGAUCUAUCUCCGGGUGGGCGCGGCAACUUCUCGUCGCCGGGCUAUCGUGGUGGCAGUGGCGGUAGUCGUGGUGGCCCAGGUGGGGAUCGAGGAGGUCGUGGAGGUCGUGGAGGUCGUGGCGGGGGAGGCUACCGAGGUGGUCCUGGUGGCGGCGGCCGAGGCGGUCAUUCCGAAAACAAUGUGCCCAUGGUCGAGAUCUCAACAAGUGAUGUUGUCGUCUUCCACUACGACGUGGAAAUAACCCCAACUGAGCGCGAAAAACGACAGCCUUCAAUCGCCAAGUCUUUGGAGAAGCUUUCUCUUAAAGAUGAUGAUGUAGCUAAAAAAGCCUUUAUGCGCUUUUUGACACGAUCAUCCAGUUUCAUCAUUGAGGAGCUGGUGAAAACGAACCCAGCUAUCUUCAAGGACCUCCAGUACCUCUGGGAUGGCCAGCGCAACUUUUAUACCACUAAACAAAUCAACCUUAAAGGCGAAGAGCAAGUCUUUACUGUCAAUGUGAAUUUUCCACAUGGGAAACCGGGCGCCUUCAUGCUAAAAAUAAUGCGAGUGGAUCGUGUUGACCUCUCACAGGUGAAGUCUUUUUAUGACAAAAACACGGGCGACAUUUCUGAGCGAGUGAUGUCCAUCUUCGAUCUGGUUUUUCGUUUUAUGUGCACUGGUUCUUAUGUGGGCCAUCAGCGAAAGUUCUACGACAUGGCAACUCGUCAGUCCAUGUGCAAGGCGCCAUUUGCCGACUUUGUAAGUGGUUUCAUCCAAUCUGUCCAAAUGACUGAAUUUGGCCUAGCCCUCAACGUCCACCUAAAAACUGCCGGCCUAAUUUCUCAGUCCAUAAAGUCGCUGCCGCAAGCGGUCGAGUGUUUGUCAAAUGUCCGCGACUUGGCCAACAGGCAGCAACUGAGUUAUUACAAGCUAAAAGAGGUGAACAAGGUGUUGAAGCACUUAAAAGUGUUCACCCACCACGUGCAGAAGCAAGGCAAAGUGGUCAAGAUCGUCUACACUGUGGACUGCAUCGUUUCUCGCACUCCACAGGAUCAGCCACUGGAGAAGGGUUCAAAAACGACCAUUGCUAGCUACUUUAAAGAUAAGUACAAUAUCACUACCAAGGCCUUCCCGUUGGUGCAAACCGCGGGAAAGAAAACCUACAUCCCAAUGGAGCUGUGCUACCUUGUGGACCCGCAGUUCCUCUCCGCAUCGAAGGUCGACCGAAACACGCAAAAUGAGCUGCUGCUCAAGUCUACUUUUCCACCCAACGUCUACUUUGAUCGCUGCAAGAAGAUCGUCGAAAAUGUCUCCUCGCUGAAACCGGACCUGCAGAAAGCCUUUGGCCUGAAGACGAUCUGUCUGAAGCCAGCGCAGCUGAGCGGUCGCGUCUUGCCGGUUGUCGGUUGUGCCGGCGGCCCAAAACGCUUCUUUGCCCCUGGCACUGUUCCCACCGAGUGGGGCAUCUUCUGUUUUGAUAACAAGGUCAACAGUAAUCAGCUCAGCGUUUUUGCAGAGGCGCUCAUCAAGCAAGCCCGACAAAUGGGGCUGAACUUUGCGACACGACCCGAUCCACUGGCGAUAGUACCGGUGAACAAUGAUGCGGCAACUUUCUCGAACAUCUUUGCCAAUCUGAACAUUAAAAAGCCCAAGUGCAAACUCAUGUUUUUAGGUAUUCCAACGUUCCACGAUUCAGUGCCGCCGGCGGAGAUGUACAACCUAAUCAAGCACUACUGCGACCAGAAGCACGCCAUUAUGAGCUGCUGCUUCAAGACAGAUAACGCCACCAGCCUGAAGCCUGGCUACCUGGAGAACUUUCUCCUCAAGGUGAACGGCAAACUGAGGGGCCAGAAUCAGAUCAUCAUGCCCAACGUCAUUCAAGAGCUGCCGUUCAAGCUGGCCCGCACUAUGGUAAUGGGCGUCGACGUGAACCACCCAGGCCUCUCGGAGAAGGUCCUCUCCUCGAUUGCUGCCGCCGUCGGCUCCUACGACCCGCUCUUCACCAAGUACGUGGCCUCCAUUCGAGUGCAGAAAAAUGAACGCGAUGAGAUGGUGAAGCAGCUCGAUGAGAUGACCGAAGAACUGCUCAAGUGCUACCACAAAGAAAACAAGUUCUUUCCCGACAAUAUCUUUGUCUUUCGCGACGGCGUCUCCGAAGGACAGUUUGAGCAGGUUAAGAGCAAGGAGAUACCGCUGAUUCGCGCCGCAGUUAAGAAAGUGGUGCCGGGUGGCAAGGCGAAGAUUACCUUCAUAGUGACUCAGAAACGCCAUCACGCACGCUUUGUCCUCACGAACCCGGAUACCUCUGGUCGCCGGCCCACCUACAACGUUCCCAGUGGAACAGUGGUGGACACUUCAAUCGUGGAGCCCACCUUUGACGUCUUCUACUUGAACUCGCACUUUUCGCCUCUCGGCACCUCCAAGCCGACCAAGUACAUUCGCCUGCUAGAUGAGCUAAAGCUGAGCACAGACGCUCUACAGAAGUUUUGCUUCUACGCCUGCCACAACUGCACUCGUACAAACAAGAUCAUUUCCAUUCCGACGCCGGUGCGCUACGCCGAUCUGUGCGCCUACCGCUCAAAGCUUCACCUC